AUGGCCGGGACUCAGGGAGCAGAUUUUCCAGGCGCAGUUCCUGUCCCCGAAGGAGAGACAUAUAAUCCUGACUUCUCACACCCGUGGCUAUACGAAGAAAGUCGGGCGAUUGUUAUUGCCGGAUUGAUAUUCUCUACGCUUUCACUGGCGCUGCGGGUGUAUACUAAGGCUACACUGCUUCAUAAGUUUGGAUGGGAUGAUGUGUCGAUGAUUGGGGCUUGGCUCUUCGCCAUUGCAACACAAGCCCUCUGUCUAUACGGCUACGCCCACGGCGGAAUCGGCCUGCACAUCUGGAACAUCACACCGCAAAUGUUCCUCGACUUUCAAAAGGGCAUCUUCGCCGCAGGCAUCGUCUACGUCCCCUCCCUCGCCCUCGCCAAAGCCUCCCUAAUAAUCCUCUACUACCGAAUCGUCGGCCAACAGCGACUCUACCGGUACGCCCUGUACUUUAUCGCAGCGGUCGUGAUCGGUUACAGCAUCGCCAUAACAUUCGCGCUGAUCUUCGCGUGCCGGCCGAUCGCGAAGGCAUGGAACGGGGCACUGCACGGGACAUGCGUCGAUCAGAACGGGCUGUAUGCCGCGACCGCGGUCACGAAUACCGUUACGGAUGUGGCGCUUAUAGUUGUGGCGAUUCCUGUCGUUUGGAGCCUGCAUAUGCCGACGAUUCAGAAGAUCGGGCUGUUUUUUAUGUUUGUUGUUGGUUGCGCGACUGUGAUUACGAGUAUCAUCCGCCUGGUAACACUCUUCCCAUUCCUCAAGAGCAACGACAAGACAUACCGCGUCGCCUGGACAGAUCUGUGGAUCAACGUCGAAGCAAACUUCAUCAUCAUCUGCGCCUGCCUCCCGUUCCUCCGGCACUUCCUGCGCCGGUACGCACCGAAGCUAAUUGGCGAGGGGUCCUCAGCGGGUCGGUACUUCAAGAGCUACAAUGCCGGCGGCGUGAGCACGACGCGAUCGUGGCGGCGGCGGCCCGAGCAUACAGUGCUGCAGGAUGAAAUCGAACUUGCGGAGGGUGGCGGUUCUGCGACUGGGUCUGCGGUUAGGAUUAUGAAGGAGGUGCAGUGGGAUGUUACGGAGGAGAGGCGCGAGGGGCCACAGAGGGAGUUGGGGGAGUUGGGGGAGGAGAGGAGGCAGGCGGUGCCGGGGAUGCAUGUGUGA